GCCGCCGCUAAGACAAAGCGCCGACAAGCUCCACCAAGAGGGAGAUAUGAAGGACAUUGGAUAUAACACGGAUAGUUACUAUGAGUGCUUGUAAGUAUAUAUAGAAGAGUUGAUCCAGCCAAGAUGUAGACACUACUUGAAACAACAGAUCCGAUUCCUUGAAUACAACACUCUCACAGCAAACCUCUAGCAUCUCUUCACUAUCACCAUGGCCGUCCUCAAAUACGUCAACAAGCUUCAAGGCCACCGGGUCCUUGUCCUCGGCGGCUCUUCCGGCGUAGGCUUUUGUGUUGCCGAAGCAGCUCUCGAACACGGAGCUCAAGUCAUCAUCAGCAGCUCCAACCAGUCCAAGUUGGACAACGCCGUCUCUCGUCUCAAGGAGCACAUCAAGGCAGCCAACCUCGGAGACGCGGACAAGCUGUUAUCUGCCAAGACGUGCAAUCUCGGAAACCCCGCUACCAUUGAAGAACAGGUUGUCCAGCUAUUGGAAUUCGCGACCAAGGAUGGGAAGCUCGACCAUGUGGUUCACACAGCUGGCGAUGCUCUAAACACCGGCGGUCUCAGCGACGUAACUGUCGAGAAGAUUCACGCCACAUCUCAAGUUCGUAACACAGGCGCCAUUAUUAUUGCAAAGUACUUGAACAAGUACAUCAACCAGGGAGUGAAAAGCUCAUUCACCCUGACUGGCGGAACAAACACCUGGCGCCCGCUACCCAACUGGUCCAUCAUUGCUGCCGCUGGAGGCGCCACUGAAGGCCUUUCGCGUGGUCUUGCGGUCGAUCUGCGGCCUGUGAGAUGCAACUGCGUGAUGCUCGGCGGCGUUGAAACGGAACUGCUCGACAUGAUCCCAAAAGAGCACAGGGAGGCAGUGCUAGACAGCUUCAGGAAGGAGACCAUUACAGGCACGAUUGCUUCGCCUCAAGAAGUAGCUGAGGCUUAUGUCUAUUUGAUGAAGGAUUCUUUUGCUACGGGGGCGAUUAUUGAGACUACUGGAGGUCGUCUUGUUGGAGAUACCAAAACUCAGCUCGUACUCUAAGGGAAUCAAGCUAGGAUAUAGAGGUGUGUAAUGCCGAAUCUCAUUAAGCCAUAGAUACGCAAUAGACUCCCCAAAGAACAUCAGUCUUUUACAAACCAUGUUCAUAUUCAUUUUUCUUCAACUUGGAAUAGUAAGCUCAUAGUCGUCUGGAAU